GUAAAAACUAGGAUUCCAAUGACCCAAAAUAACAAGAAAGAGCUUGGAAAUAUGGAAUCGAUUAAGAGCAAACCAAGGAGGAAGGUGCCAUGGUGGGAUCCACUGGACUUUUUCGAAACGAAAAAACCAGCUACAACGGAACUAGUACCGAGCAACGAGAAGGAUGAUGAUUCUGACUAUAACUUUUAUGAUGUUUCUGACAGUAAUUCUGACGAUGAUGAAGACGAAACUCCUUUGUCUUCAUGGUGCUACGUAAACGACGACUCUGCCAGGUUCGUUAAGGUUGUUAAAACAAGAAAGGGCUAUGCUCCAGCUGUUGAGAACGUGAACCAUGAUGAUACUGAUAAUGACAACUACGAAGACUGUCUAGUGAGAUCCCAGUUGCAAACUCAAGCUGCUCAGCAGUUCAGGAUGCCAGAUAUGGAAUCUGUAAUGGAAAAACAAGAUCAAGGUGCAAUAGCUGGUGUAGCACAGCCUGAGGAGGAGGAAGAGGAGGAGGAGGAUGAGGAUGAGGAUGAGGAUGAGGAUGAGGAUGAGGAAGAGGAAGGGGAGGAGGAAGAGGAGGAGGAAGAUGAAACUGGCGUGGAGCCCCGCAACAUUGAUUUAGUCAUGACACAAGCAGGAGUGUCUAAGAUCGAAGCUGUCAAAGCUCUCAUGAAUAGCAAAGGGGACAUUGUUUUAGCCAUUAUGGAGGUCUGUGAAACUGGCGUGGAGCCCUACGACAUUGAUUUGGUCAUGACACAAGCAGGAGUGUCUAGGAUCGAAGCUUUCCAAGCUCUCAAGAAUAACAAAGGGGACAUCGUUUCAGCCAUUAUGGAGAUCACUUCUUAAUUGGGUUUUGCAUUUAAUUGAAAUAUUAUAUGAUCAUUUAUCACUUUUUUUUUCAAUUAUUUUAAAAUGUUAACUAUAUAUAAGUUCUCAAAAACCUUCGGCUCCAAAACUCUCAAAAGUUAACUUGCAAACAAAGUCUUAGGCUCAACUUUUUUAUGUGUAUACAGUAAGUUGCUUUAAACCUAAAGUUAAAAGUAAUAACUUUAGAUUUUGUAUUUUAUUAACUUUUUAUGUUAAAAGCCACACCAUUUUGGUGUUAUGA